UAGAACAUGAUUCUAUUUAUCGGCUUACUGAAGUUCAAGGGCACUUCAGAUGAUGACUCAUAACCGAAACCUUCACAAUAAUAUAAAGAACUAGUUAGCUCGAGUUAAAACAUAACUUGAAAAUAACAGAAGAGAACACAAGCUAAACACAGAGACUUUAGACAUUUAAAAAACUACAUCAAUAACUGAAUAAUGCCAGUUCAAAUGAAUUGCUGAUUAAACACCUACAGUGAAUAGUAACAUGCCACUUUUAUAACAUUCACAAUGAUAUGAAACGCGAAACGGAUAACGAUUUCUGGGUGAUGUGUAACGAGAAGUCGCCAGUCUCGUGCAAAAGGGCGAACUACAUCCUCACGCUCCUCGAAGAGAAGGGUCUUCGGGGAUACUUCACACCACGUGAUGCCAAAAAUAAAGACUCCUUAAUAGAAAUCACAGAGGCAGUUGACAAAUGUAAAUACAUUCUCAUUGUCUUUGAUGAGGACUUCAAAAAGGACAACUUCAAUAUGUUCACACAAGAAAGCGUCUUUAAAAAGCUUAUAGAUACGGGGCAGCUUCCUCGGUUUAUCCCCCUGGUGAUUGGAGUCAAAAGACGAGAAGCAGUCCCCAGUUAUAUCCCUAACUUCUGCCUGGAGUUCAAUGAUGAUUGGAAAGAAGAUGACAGGCAAUUUGCCCGACUGGAGAGCACCCUUCGUUCAGAGCCACCUAUGUCUAUCUUUGGAUUCUGAAUGACAUGUGAGGAUAAUACCCAAACAAAAAUGAAUGGAGGGUCCCCAGAGAAAGUCACCCAAUAAUUACAUUCAAGAUACUACACCUCAUAAAUCAUCUACAUUUACAAAGUAGUGGGAAUCCCUUUGUAUAGGACAUAUGGGAUACCUGAUAUAUUAAUACCCGAAAAAAUAAUAAAAGGAUUUUUACAUGCUAUUGAAUAUUAAUAAUGCCAUGACGACAACCUCACAACUCCAUAUAAGAAAAAACAACUUUCCAAGAAGGAGAAGGAAUCAGAACAAACAAAGAUGCAAAACU